CGGCCGCCCCCGCCCCCGCCGGUCCCCGGGCUGCGGAGGCGCCGGGCAACGGGACGCGCCGCCGCCCGCGCCCAGCUCGGGCCCGACCCGGAGCCCCGCACCGACCCCAGCGCGGCCUCAAGACCCUGCACCCAGAUCCCAGCCCCGGACCCUGCUCGGACCCGACCCCACACCCAAACCCCACUCCCCACCCAGACCCCGGACCCUAUUUGGACCCUGGCCUCAGACUCGAACCCCCCAAUCCAGAGCCAGACCCGGACCCCAGACUUGAGCCCCAGCCCCGACCCUGCACCCAAACUGCAGUCCCAGUCUGCACUCCGACCGUGCACUCGAACCCCAGUCCAGACCCGGACCCCAGGCUCAAACCCCAUCCCCGACCCCAGACUGUACCUGGCCCCCAGCCCGGGACCCCCUCGCUGGGACCCCAAUCCGGACCCGCGGCCCAGAUCGCGGCCUCGUUCCCUGCCGCAUGUCCGGGCCCCCGGCCGCGGGCAGCCCCGACGGGCCAGCCCCGGAGCCCCAACCCCCCCGGGACCCCCGCACCAGCGACUUCUACCGCGUUAGCGACAAGCUGCCGGCCAGGUUCAACCACCCGGCGUGCUUCCAGGGCUACCGAAAAAAGGAGCCUCACCCCCUGUACAGGACCAGCAACCAGACCUACGGGAGCAAAGCGCCGACGGUGCACGAGAUGCCGACCUCCUACUGCAUCACCUCACAUGCUUUCUCAAAUACUCUGGGACUGUGUGGCAUGUACAGGGAUAACGGGCUCAACACCUUCCUCGAGAAGAGCCACGUGACCGGCCCCGACAACUUCAUCACCUCCUCCGACCACCUCAACUUCCAUCCCAGUUACAACCCAAGCGGGCCAUCGCACUGUUAGGAGAUUCGCAGCACUGGCGAGUGCAGCAUGAAGCUCCUUCAGUUUACUAUUGGUUACCUAGUGAAAACAAAAUAAAAAGCAAGCAAGGAAGCAACCACA